AUGGAAACUGAACAGGAGGAAGCACAACAACAUUAUUUGGUAAUGAAUAAUACUAGUGAUAAUAAUAACAAUAUUGCUACUACUUACCAAAACGCAACUAACCAACAAUCUUGGGCUGAUCAAAUGGAACAGUUAUCUGUUCCUCAAGAGGAGUACGACACUAACCGUUAUGAUCAUUUACAUCCUAACACCCCUGAAUUUGUUCGCGAUUUACAUAAACGUAUGGAUGAAACGAACAAAAUGGUCGCACAACUAGCAGAAGCUCUUGCUGAAAACACAAAAUUGGUAAGAGAAAAUAUGAAUCUAGCUCAAGAGCUCCAGGCAGCAAAAAACCAAAUUGCACAACUGCAACAGCACCAACAACAUCUACUAAGAAUUCUCACAAAGGAGGAUUCAACUGACAAACCAACUGGAUCGAUUGCAUCUAAAUAUGCGACCACAGCCACUACUAGGGUUCGCAAUUGA